UUCUUUUCUCGCUCCUCCUUCCAGAUUUAUUGGGUCCGCUAGGUUCUGAGAUAAAAUUUAGAUGAUAUUUCAAAUCCCUACGUUGACCAGGGCGUAUGUAGAGCGCAUACUGUGUCCUGCAAUGUGCCAGCCACUGACUGGGGAUUGAAAGAUGCCUGAAUGUAAAAUUCUUGCCUCACAAGCAAGUCACCCUAGAGAAGAAAACAGAUCCACAAAUACAAAAUCACAACCCAAAGCAGGCCACACAGGAUGUUAUACAAAAUUCUAUCUGCUUUCAUAAGCUCUCCUAAACCCUGUUUCUUUAAGCUAUCUUUCUCGCGCGCUUCCACUUUCACAGCCACAACGUCCAAGGCGGGGUCAGAACGGAGGCGCAGGCCAGAUGGCAGAGGACUGGCGCUCAGGGCCCCACCUCAUUGGUUUUCCGGCCGGCCGGAAGCCGCGGUACGCCCCGGCUGCGCAUGCGCCCCUCACACGUGCUUCCAGAACGCCCCCUCUGCUGCUGCGGCCCGGCCGGCAUCAUGCUGCGAAUUUCUGUCCUGCGGCUGCUAGGACGUCCGGGAACCAGUGGAGUCUCGCUUCUGGAGUACAUUAGCUCGCGCUACUACAGUUCGGGCCCUCUCGGCGCCCGCGACGAUGCUCGCGACGCUCGCGCCGUCUUCACGACACCCAUUUUCUACGUGAACGCGGCGCCGCACAUUGGACACCUGUACUCGGCGCUACUGGCGGACGCCCUGUGCCGCCACCGUCGCCUCCGAGUACCCAGCGCUGCGGCCACGCGCUUCUCCACUGGUACAGACGAGCAUGGCCUGAAGAUUCAGCAAGCAGCAGCCUCUGCGGGCCUGGCCCCCACCGAGCUGUGCGACCGAGUGUCUGCCCAGUUCCAGCAGCUUUUUCGGGAGGCUGGCAUCUCCUCCACCGAUUUUAUCCGCACCACCGAAGCCCGGCACCGGAUCGCUGUGCAGCAUUUCUGGGGACUGCUGAAGGCCCGGGGUCUGCUCUACAAGGGACUCUAUGAAGGUUGGUAUUGCGCCUCCGAAGAGUGCUUCCUGCCUGAGGCCAAGGUCACCCGGCAGUCGGAUUCAUCAGGGGAUUCGUGUUAUGUAUCUCUAGAGAGUGGGCAUCCCGUAUCCUGGACCAAGGAAGAAAACUACAUUUUCAGGCUUUCUCAGUUCCGAGAGCCGCUUCAGCGGUGGCUGCGGGGCGACCCCCAGGCAAUCACUCCCGAGCCAUUUCUUCGCGCGGUUCUUCAGUGGCUGGAGGAGGAGCUGCCGGACCUGUCUGUCUCUCGAAAGAGCAGUCACUUACAUUGGGGCAUUCCUGUGCCCGGGGACGAUUCUCAGACCAUCUACGUAUGGCUAGAUGCCUUGGUCAACUACCUUACUGUAAUUGGCUACCCAAAUGCUGAGUUUAAAUCUUGGUGGCCAACCACCUCUCAUAUCAUAGGCAAGGACAUUCUUAAAUUCCAUGCUAUCUAUUGGCCUGCCCUCCUCUUGGGGGCCGGCAUGAGCCCACCACACCGCAUCUAUGUUCACUCUCACUGGACGGUCUGUGGCCAAAAGAUGUCCAAAAGCUUGGGUAACGUGGUGGAUCCCAGGACUUGCCUUGAUCGCUAUACUGUGGAUGGCUUCCGAUACUUUCUUCUCCGGCAGGGCGUCCCCAACUGGGAUUGUGAUUACUAUGAUGAAAAGGUGGUUAAGUUGCUAGAUUCUGAGCUGGCAGAUGCUUUGGGAGGUCUCCUGAACCGGUGCACUGCCAAAAGAAUAAAUCCUUCUGGGACCUAUCCGGUUUUCUGCACUACCUGCUUUCCCAGUGAGCCAGGGUUGGUGGGACCAUCAGUUCGUGCUCAGGCAGAGGACUAUGCUUUGGUGAACGCAGUGGCCACUUUGCCCAGGCAGGUAGCUGACCACUAUGAUAACUUUCAGAUCUACAAGGCUCUGGAGGCAGUGUCCAGCUGUGUCCGGCAAACUAAUAGCUUUGUCCAAAGGCAUGCACCAUGGAGGUUGAACUGGGAGAGCCCAGUGGAUGCCCCCUGGCUGGGCACUGUACUUCAUGUGGCCUUGGAAUGUUUGCGAGUCUUUGGAACUUUGCUCCAGCCUGUCACCCCAAGCCUAGCCGAUAAGCUGUUAUCCAGGUUGGGGGUCUCUGCUACUGAGAGGGGCCUUGGAGAGCUCUGUUUCUUGCCUCGAUUCUAUGGACAUCCAUGUCCUUUUGAAGGGAGGAGGCUGGGACCUGAAACUGGGCUCUUGUUUCCAAGACUAGACCAGUCCAGGGCCUGGCUAGUAAAAGCCCAUAGGACCUAGAACCUUAGUUCUUAAUUGGCUUGUGGUAAAAAAGCAAAUGUAUUAUUUCCUUAUUUUGCAUUUUCAGGAAGUUAUACUAAUGCUUUCUAAAGUGUUGCAUCAUAUGAGCACAUAAACAAUGUCCCUGUGAAAAGAGGUUUGUCGCCUUUCAGGUGCCUACCCCCUACUCUCCAGUUCUCUGUGCCCAUUAACCACUAUCCUUUGUACACCAGUGUCUCUAAGAUGUCUCCAGGGUAAAGGUGGGUAAGAGAAAACUUUGCUGAUACUAUUCCUUCUCAUUGUGCCUCCUUCCAAGCCACAGUUAAUGUUAUUUGCCCAGACUACCUCUUAUGGCUUUUCAAUGGCCUGGCCUCUGCUGGGCAAAUUAGUGAAGAGUGGGGGUUGGAGGCCCCCUACCUCAGCUUUUACAGAGUAGUCCAACUUUGUUAUACAUGUUGCGUUUCCUAUUAGAAAGAUUCUUUUAUGAAACCUUUAAAAACCAGUGUCCUAGACUAGAUGGUUUUUGCCCAUGUUUAUAUUUUCAGUUCUUACAACUAUAACUGUACUUUGUUAGUUAAUAGUCUAAUGGUUGUGCUUUGUAACAUUACACUUCAACCAGUAGAUGGCCCUAAAGUCUCACAUAUUUAAUUACUUGACAUUGACAUUUCAGAAUAUGUAGAAUAAAUUAGUUUUCUGCUUUCUAAUUAUGCAGAAUUUAAAUUUAAGGAAAAAAUUUAUUGCUUUUCUUAAAAUAAGGGAGAACUGCAGCCACUACUGUUUUACAUAAAGCAAUAAAAAAAGAUCAGAAUUCUGUUUUUUUCUAACUACUGAAAAAGGACAUUUACUCUAUUAAAUGUUUAGUAAGCUAAUAAGUAAAUGUAUCAAAUUUGUUUGGACUAUCUGUGAUAAGUUAUAAAACUCGAGGUAGUUGGUAUGUUAAAAAUUUUAAACUUUAAUAACAUUAGUUUUACAGAUAACAAUUUAAAAAUCUGUGAACAGUUCAAAAUAGUUAACUUUUAAAAAAUUUUUAGUCAUAAUUUUGUCACCACAUAUAUAAUUUACCUUAUAUGAUUUCUUUUGGUCAAUCAGAAUCUAUAAUACAAUAUAUAGACAUUGUGUGAAUAGUUUUAAAUGUUAAUACUUUUACUUUCAAGUACUUUUUACUGAUUAUUUCUUUUGCUUUCUUAAGUUAUUAAAGUUUAAAAGUUUGUGAGUACCUUAUUCAGAUCUGUUCUGUUGAAUUUGUUGAAGGUGAUGGUGAAGGGAGGAAAUGAUCAAUGAAUGCUCCAGGAAUCUCAACCUGGAUUUAGGGAUUUCUCCAAGGCUCCAUAAGAGAACAUCACAGAGAAGAUGUUAAGGUAUCAAUUUAUACAAUGACUACAACACAGUAAGCCAGCGUUAUAUCUCAUAGAUGAUUGGACAGCUAGGCCAAAGUUUAAAAUGAGAACUUGCCUUGAAAUAUACAUUCUAAGCAUGGUAGCAAGCAGAAAGGGCUCACUGUGAAGUAAACAAUUGUGCUGGAAGUUUCCCCAGAUUUAUUCUAGGUGCUACUGUUCAGCUCCAGUUUCUGUUCGUUAAUCAAUGUGGUGAGAGAUUUCUGGUUGCUUGGAAACAUUGCUUAGAAAAGAAUGUUGAAGGCAUUCUAAAGAUGGAAGGAGCAUUUCUACAAAUGUUCUUUCAGACCCUCCUUAUUCUUCAUAAUGGAAUCCUGGGCUUUCCACAUGACAUAUUCUAGUUACAUGCUGGGAUUACUAGGGCUGAUUACUCGGGCCUAGGAAGGAGUAUAAUAUUUGCCAGGGCUGGAUGGAGCAGAGUGGUGAAAGAGAUGAGAUGUGUUUACAUGAAUGAACAAAAACAGACUUGGAAAACCAGUGGAAUGAUAACCUCUGCCUUUGAAGUGCCCUUACAGCAGUCUUAUUGCGCCUAUCAUGAAAGGAGAGACAGUGUCUUCCACUUGACUUCUUUCCUAUGGCCUAGUGCUAGUCAAUAUACUGGACCUUGGCUUGCUGGGUGUUAAUGGAAUUCCUUUUGUGCAAUCUCUCAUUUUAUAGGCACUUAACUGGCUACCAGAAUAUUUAUGGUACCAAAGGGCACAAGAAAAUAGAGGAACCAAAGAGAGGGCAUAAUUAAUACAGAAGACAGGAUACUUUGAAUGAAGAAGUGGAUCUGAGUUACUCUGUUGUGAUACGGAAGGUGAACCAGUUGGAUUGUUUUGGAGGCAAGAUAGGUAAAGCAGGUAGCCUUUGGGUUUUUAGUUGAUGUGUUCAGUUUGAUCCAGCAGUUUAGGAAUGGCAAGUGAGGAUAGGAAAAACUUAAAACUGGAGAGCAUGUACUUUCCAGAGAGGGCAUCUUAUGGAUCCCUUGACAGAAAGGUUUCUCCCAAAUUACUACCUUGAGGCUCUUAAUAUUCAUUUUGGGGUAUUCUUGGGGGCAGAGUUGCAAACGGUGAUAGAGCAGGUGUUCACAGGAUGUCACAUUCGUCUGUCAACUCAGUAGGCUACACCCCUAUCAACGAAAUCAUGCAAGAAGUUGUGGUCAAUGUAUAUGUUAGGUGGCAUCACUGUAUAUGGAGAGCCAUUCUGAAAGUGAACUCACAGAUUAGGGACCUCAGAAGUCAGAAGACCCGUGGAGGUCAAGAAUAGGCAGGAACAGUAAAUAGAUACAAUCCCUGAUUUCAUUGAAAUCUCAAAGUUAUUCUGAAGUAGGCCUCAUUAUUUUUCUUAACAACCUGUAUGACCUCUACAGGGGCUGAGAAAAGCCUGAUAAGUUGAAUAUUAAGUUGAUGUCAAAGUACUCAUGAAAGCCUAGGCAGGAAUGGGACGUAAGACACAUGUCUUUUUUUGUACCGUUGUAGCUGUGACUGGGACAUAGCUCUUUAUUUUUAGUUUUUAAAUGAUCUCUACAACGAACAUGGGGCUCAAAAUUACAACCCCAAGAUCAAGAGUCAGAUGCUCUGAAUGAGCCAGCCAGGCACCCCAGGAGAUAGCUCUUUAGAUCUGGGAAGUUCCAAGACUGAAGUAAAGCCAGUGGUUGGUCACGUUGUGGGCCCCCAACUAGAAUCCUUACAAUCAGGAAGUAGCUUGGGUAGCAGGUGGCAGUACCAAGCAUUCAGCAGACUCCUCCUUGGGCAUUGUGGUAGGAAUGGUUUCCUGGAUCUCUGACUGCCUCACACCUGGUAAGUAUGUAGUUGCAUUGUUGGCCUGCAUUAGUGUAACCCUGAGUUAUGGGGAAGGCUAUGCCUCUUGACUGAGACUUAGUCCAUAAAGCUGCUUUAUGAUGAAUUAAAAUUGUCUCCUGGAGGCAAUUCUCCACUAUCCGUAGUUGUACCAGUUAUAGAUCAACUGUUCCUGUUGAAGUCUGGGGUACUGUAAACCUUGGUGGGUCCUUGUCCUCAUCUUUUGCCUGAGUGAAUAAUAUGAGUGGACCUAUAAGGGUUUGGACAUAUUGACAGCCAUGUGUCUAUUUUUGCAGCAAAGGUUUUCUAAUUCUGAGAGCUUGGAGGGAGUUAGGGCAUAGAUUGGGGUAACCAAGAGCACAGAUUAGGGGGAUCCGUUUUAAAAGAAAGCCUUUGAGUCCCUUGCAGAACUAAAAGAGUAUGAAAUAUGUCAUUUCAACACAACACAUAGCUGGUCCUGACUCUUCCUCUUACAGGAGCUUUGUAUAGCAUUGGUUAACUUUUAUCAAUAGGAACACACCAAAUUUGGGGGUUAAUAUUGCUGGAAGGGCCAAACAGUAACAACCAAGCUAAUUAAGGUUAAUAAGUGUGUAUCUGAACCUUCCAAGAGGAAUGUCUUACUCUUUUUUGAGACAGAGGAUAAGAGAAACCCAGCCUAAGCUACUUUCCUCUAUCACUAAGAACUACUUUGAGCUGAGGGGAAGGACUAACCAGUUUAGAGGUGAAAUUGUUGCUUUCUCUUAGUUUUUUGGUAGUCCUGGGUUACCCAGUACAGAUCCUCUGAAUUAAGAGAACCAUCUAACAGGGAAUAGUUGAUCACAUUUAAAAUACGCUGCUUAAGAUUGUAUCACAUUAUUCAGUUUCUACUUAUAUUUUCAUGAUGAGGAAAGGGAAUUGGGAAGAGCUAAACAAGAGAAUCUUCCUAUGGCACUGACAAUUAGAGAUAAUAUACUGUCUACUGCGCCUCUUUUCAUGAAUAGCUAUUGAGAGUUUUAUCCAUACUUGCAUCUUCAAAGUAAGGUGAGACUAAGUACAGAAGAUCCAUCCUUGGCUAUUAACUGGAUUUCAUCCCCAUUUGGUUUAUGGCACAAAUUACUCACCAUAGAUUUUAAAGUCCACAGCUCCUCACUUAAGAACGGGAAGGUAUGAGAUGUCAGGAUGUUUCAGGAAACCAAGUGUGCCAUCUGCAAGAAGAAAAUUAGAGCUCCAAGAAGAGAUGAGCCCUGGCUUCAAGUUAUGAAGGAUUUUUGGAUGAAACAUCUGCAAAGAGCCUGGAAGACUCACUGGGUAAGCUGGAGGGACAGCUCUAGGAAUAACUGGAAAUGGACGUUUCCACCUUUCUUAGUGUAUGGUAUGGGGAAAAUGCUACUAUCCUCCUGUACUACCAUUCCUAAGGCCAUACCUUGUGCAUGUACCGUAUCCUUCAUUAGUUGACAGUCACUGGUUUGUGAAGAUGAACCUUCAAAAACUAGUUUAUGAUUGACUGUUACAGAUUAGAAUUUCUGUUUUCUUAGUACAUUCAAUAAAAAUAUAACAACACUUUUUUUCUCAAAAUAUUUUUAAAAGUAAUAACUUUUACAUUGGAAAACAUUAAAUAAGAGUUUCACUAAUCUGGCUUUCUUUGAACUAGUCUAGAAGAGUCUCUUGAUUAAAAAGCUUUAAAUAUUAAAAAUAUAAGUUAAUAAAUGUUACACACUUUGGGUUAAAUCACUAAAAUAAUACAGACAGAAUGUCUUUGUUUCAAGCCCAAUGAAAAGUGAAAACAAUCCACCAGAGGACAGGAAGGAAAAAAAUGGGCAAAGAAAAAUGAAAAAUAUGGUAAAAGAAAACCCAUAAUAAGACAGUAGAAAUAAGUAUAAUUACACAUUUUAGAAUUGUAGUAAACAUCAUAGGGUGAGUCUUCUGUCAAAAGACAGCAAUGUUCAUGCUUAAAAAGUGAGCUAUAUGUAGUUAAAAGGCACAUACUUCUAAGAAAAUGAGACAUGAAGAAACACUAGGCAUAUAAAUAAACCAAAAGAAAGCUGGUACUGUAAUAUUAAUAGUAGACAGUCUAUAUUGAGAGGGAAAACCAUUACUAAAGAUAAAGUGAGACUUCAUAUAAAAGGAAUAAUGCACUAGUUCAGGUUAUAACAAUUAGGAACUUGUAUGAUCUAACAACAUAUUCUCAAAAGGUAAAAUAGGAUAAAAUUGAAAAUAAAAAAUGUUCAAGUCUGCAAAAAAAUGAAAUCGCCAUUCAUGAGUUCAAAGAAAUUAGGCAAUAAGAAAGCAGAAACUUAAACUAGACAUUAGUACUUCAGUCCUUAAUGCUCACUACCAAGUAUAUCAUUACUGCUAAGUGUAGAAAAAAAUAAAAAUUUUAUAGCAGGUAAGGUUUUAUGACUCUAAAAGUUUGACUUUUUCCAUAUACGCCUGUGAAAAUAACUUGCUUUUUAAAUAGAAAUGUCAGCAAAUAUACCUGUUCAGUAAGUCCUCUCUGUGGAUUAAAACGGGAGAACCCCAUGGUCAUAAUUUUGCCAAAUUUUUUCUUUUUUCACAGUAACAAAGGUGAAGGGAGAGAACCAUUGGUUCUAUGUUCCUUGAUUGUAUUCUCUCAUUUUCUUUUCCCAUCAACUCUGAAGUAUUUUUCUUUCUCUGUUUAGCUGAUGAGAAGUUUGGGCACAGAGAGAUUAAGUAAUUUGGCUAACUCAGAUUUGUCUUGAUGCCAGAACCGACACCAACACCACAACCAACACAGUCCAUUACAGAGUGUACUAAGGGCAUUGUAUUGUGGGGAAGAGGAAGUAAUAUAAUCAGAGCCAAAGAUCUGAAGAUGAAAAGUCUAAAUAAGAAGCCUUAAUUGAAAUAAAGCAAUGAGUGUUUCAAGACGAGGAAUUAUUCUUGAUAGCUAGAUUAUGAAAUAGAUGAGUGCCAAAACAAACUUGGAAAAAAUACUUACCUUUAUCAUGAAAUAUAUUUCUUUCUUGCUUUCAUCAUGAAAUAUGAUAUAUUUCUCUCUUGCUUUCAAUAGUCCUUUAUAUCCUAAGGCUGCUUAUGUGUGCUGGUGUAAAUUGUUAAAAAUUUUAAUAACUAUAAACUCUUUUUCUUUUUCCUUAAGAUUAUUUUGUUAUUUUCAGAACACUGUUCCAGAUUCUUGAAUCCAACAGUUCUCCUCUAAAUGAAAGUAUGCUGUCAUAAGUUUAUGAAUCUAAGUAUUUUGAAAUACCGUUUUACUAAUACUGUAAAUACAGUAUUAUCUCUAAACAUGAAAACAUACCAAUAUUCAAAAGUUUUAUUUGAAUUGACCAUUAUAGUAAUGAAGCCAGAGAAUUUUAUUAGAGCUUACAAACACUGAAACUUUUUCAUUUCAUACAUACAAUUUGAAUACAAAUGAACUUAUGAAAAGACUCAUCUAUUUACUAACAAUUUAAGUUCUAUGAAUUUACUGAACAUUUAUUACUGUAUUCUUAGGUCUUUCCUAACAAGCCUGCAGAAACCAGAUUAAAUGCCCUUUGACUCAAGUUAUUUCCAAAGUAACUACCACCCUGUUACCUAAAAUGCCACAUAUUGAAUAAUUCCUGGUAAAUUAUCUCAUACAUGACAGUCAAUACAUGUUCUAACUUCCCCUAAUUAGAGAUUUUAUUAUGAACUGCACAAAAUGUCUUAUUUUGCAUUUUAAAUGAAACGUAGCUAUUAUGGUGGACAUAUGCUACAUCUUGAAGAAAUGUGAUGAAACCUAUGUUUAUAUAGAUCUCUAAGCUAUCAUUUAAAUUGUAUUUUUAAAAAUGUAUAAAGUAUUAAAGUCCUUGCUAACUUGGAAGCCAAGAACACCUACAUCUUUAUUUUAUGUUUUAAAUAAUUUCUUCAGAACUAUGUUUAAAUUCAAGUUACAAAGUCCCAAGUUAGCAAGGCAUGAUGGGUACUUUUUCAGUAUUUUUUGCACAGUAGAUUAUGACUUGUUAAUACAAUCAGACUGGUGUGUUAUAAAAAUAUAUAGCAUUUUUUAGGUUGUCUUUAAAAAUCACUUACUAAAGCAAUUUAUAAAGGCUUUCAUUAAGCAAAGACUCUUCAGUCCUGAAUUUUCUGCAUUAACUUUUUAUAUUUAAAUUUCUAUAAAACUUAUUUUAUGGAAACUCCCUACAUUUUUUAUAAAGCAAACCUUUUAUUCCUGAGUUUAGUUUCAUUUUAUAACUCAUCACUGGAAUGUAAUUAAAUAAAUCAGGUAACAAUAUGUAAGAAUCCUAUUUUGGUAUUAUAGAAGAAAAAGGUAAGCACUGAAAUGAAUUAUUGAAAAUAUGUAUGGUUCAUUGCAUGAAAACUGAUGGUUGGAUUUUCACACCAUUUAAAAUAUGGAAGGAGUAUUUUUUGCUGAAUAUAAAGGAAAAAAAUUUUAAUGUUCAUUGUGACAUUGUCUGACCUAGCAUUAAAAAAUAAUUGUUAAUAAUCCUCAAACUAGAAAGAUUUUUUCUUAUUUAAAUGUUGCCCACAUAAAAAUCAGCCUCUGGAAGGUAGUUAAUUUAUAGCAAACUUCAAAUAAAACAUUUUUGGAUGUAACUGAUGUCAUAAAAUUAGUUUUCUAUCCUAAGGAGAAUAUAUAGGACUUCUUCCUUUUUCCAUAAUCUAUGGAGACCAUCUAAAAGUAGAGCUAUCCAUUAUGGGGCACAAAAACCAAUAUAAAUGUACAACUAACUAUGUGUAGCUAAGUGUAAAAAUUAGUAAAUCAACCUGAUCUCAGAAAAGUAAAGGAAAAAUAGCGAAAACUUACUGCUUAACAUCAAGAGUAGUGAGAAGGGGACUAGCCAAGGUCAAACAAGUUAUCAAAACCCAUCAUUGGUUAAGUCUGUAGAGGUAGAUGUUUUAAAUACUUAUAUGUGAAGGCAGACUAAGUAUGAUCUCAAGAGUUUUAAACAAGUCAUUCUCUAAAGAUAGAUACAUAGUUAGGGCACAGGCAUAAAAAUCUAACUGGUAAACAUAGGAUUGUGGCUGAAUUUAUUUUAAUUUUUCCUUUGGCAUAGACAUUAGGAUAUUAUAUGUGUUAUUUUAAUUGAAAGCUAUUCUCAAAACAGUUGGAUAUAGCCUGAAUAAAAUAAUCCUAUGGUUAACUUUAAUAGUUAGCAUUUGGAUAGUGCAGAAAAAAUUUACUUGUAUUAGUAUCUUUUAAAAAUAAUGCACAAUAGGUCAGAUACUAAUGAGGAUUUUAGAAAGUUUCUUUUAUGUGUUGCUAAAAAUAUUUAAGUGGAUAUAGUGGAGAUAUAUAUAUAUAUAUAGUUCUCUUUGCUUUGGUACCUAAGUUAGACAUGUUAAAAAACAAAGAUUUCCAGAAACACAUUGAAAGGAUUAAAACCAUCUCAAAUUGUUGAUAUAUACUUUAUAUUAAAUUAUUAUCUUUUAGAUGUUUUCUCUAAAACAUCAAAGAAAAAAAUACACUUUUUUUUGGUAAUACUUUUUUGUGUUAAGCAUUUUCUUUAAUAUUAUCAUUGGUCAUUUCAGAACUGUAUGAGGCUAAGGAUGAGGGUUUAGUCUCCAUAUCUUUGUCCAUUUUGAUGUCCAUUCCAAUCUUUCCACAUCCUAGGCAACACUGCUGUCUUUUGCUUUUUUGAGAAUAGCAAAAAGGACCCCGAUAGUUAAAAGCUAAAAUAUUUAUCUCUUUAAGGUAUUAAAUUUGUUUUUGCUAUUAUUGGCGUCUUAUGUUCUUUAUAAAAUAAGACCCACAUAUCACAGUUUAAGCAUAACAGGGUUUUGGAGGUUUUUUUUGUUGUUUUAUAUUAAUGACUUUCAUACCAUCUCCAUUUUUCUGUAGUAUAUAUCUGGAGAGAAAAAUGAAGUAAUCUCUAUAGAACUGAAUGAAUGCACUGUGAAAGUAUAUUAGUACGCUUGGUAAAGAGUACAAUUGCCUAGAAUAAAUUAGCUAAGGGAAAAAAAACACUUCAAAUAGAAAUCUUUCUCUGAAGGAAAAUGCAGUUACUCUUGGACUCUUGAAAUUUACAAAAGUUUUAGAACAAAAAUGCCUUGGUAUAUACUGAACAAGCCUGAAUAACAAAUACAGGAUUAAAAUGAAAAUGCCAGACAAGUGGAGUAUUAAAUAAAAUAUUUCAUGAUAUUUUUGACUAGGGCUCUAAUUAUAGAAUACUGGACCUUAACACAUAGCAUGUUACUUUCAGAAUAAAGGAAGCAAAAUAAAAUAUUCUCAAUAGAUGGAGUGGACUUAGGAUAUGCCAGAAUAAUUAAUAUGACUAUGCCAUUACAUUUUAUUCUUCCACUACAUAUUUUAGCCUAGAAACAUUCUGGCAAUAUACUCAAAAAGUAGAUACAUCAGUGGAUAAUUCAUUAUCCUUUAUGAGGCAAGGUGAAAAAAAGUAAAUUAUAAUUGGGUUAUCUUUCUAACAUUAUAAGAAGGUUUUCAUAUAUAAUAUUAUAUGUAUAAUAAUAAAAAUAAUAUAAUUCUUUUUCCAACAGAAGUACAAACUAGCUUUAGUUUUUGUAGUAGACAUGAAAUUAAAAGUGAAAAAAAUAACUUUUCUACUAUUGUGCAAUCAAAUUUCAGUAAAUGCUAGAAAAAAUUUACAUGUAGUCAAUUUAAAUGUUCCUUAUUUAUAUAACUUUUAAUUGUUUUAUUAUUCAGUUUUGUAUAUAAGGAAUAUAAUGUUUUUACAGAAGAAAGUUGGGAUGUACAUUAGACAGCAUUUAAAGAAAAGUUGGCAUGGCCAUUUUUUAAUUUUAGAAAGUUCUACCUAGUGUUGCAUUUUUUGAUUAUAAAAAACUUUCAAUUCUGUAAGAGCAGACAGUUCUAGCUUCUUUGUAUUAAAAGGUGAAAUAUAAUGUUAUUGGUUAAGUUUUAUUCAAAGUUAAAUGUUUUGAAAGCCUAGAAACCUCACAAACUAAGACCUGAAUGAAAGAUAAAAGGGAAUAAUGAUAGUGUCACAGUGUUAAAGGAAGGAAUAUGUAUUGAAUCUGACAUGAUAUAUGCAAUGAAUACUUAUAUACUUGCUAAGAUGCUAUAAGAACCCUCUACUUUUGGUAUGAAUGACAAAAGAGGGCCAGAAAUAGAGAUAUCAUUAAGCAUAUUUAAGAAUAGUGUCUACUCUGGUCACAGUAGCUGGUGUAAAAUAAAUGGUCAUAAUAUGACAGAUUUUCAUAUAUUAUAUAUAUAUAUAUAAAUUAUCUUUUACAGGUAUUAAUAUCUGUCAAAAUUUCUAAUGUAAAUCUAGGAAUUUGAAAUGUUUUAUAAAAAGUAUUUAAUGUAAGUGAAAUAUACACAAACCUAAAUACAGCAAAGCCAAAAUGAUGUAGAAGCCAGAAUUUUCUAUGUACAUUAUCACCCUAGCAAGAUAGUGUUUUUUUGAAUUUCCCAUAUUACCACAAAUGGCCUGUUGCUAUGUAUAUUCUGUAUAUGCCAUGGUUAUGUCUACAAAUAUGAAACAUCUGGUAUAAAUCUGAAAAAUCCAAACAACAAAAUUGUUUUUAAGUGCUUAAGUAGACAUUAUCAUGUUGAUAGCCAGAUGAUGACCAAAUUUUUCAAACGUUCUUAAAAUACUUGUUUUGUAGAUAUAACCUUUGUUCUAUUUGUUACAAAUUAUAAGUCUGUGUUACUUAAAUGUGUGUGAAUUAAUAAAGGAAACCAUGAUUUUAUCCUGCACCUCCAAUGUUCUGGCUACUAAAAUUUCUUUAAUGCCCUUAAAAAAGCAAAAUCAUUUUAUGUUAGGCACAUCCAAACCCCUCAUAUUUGUUACCAGACCACACAUGGGGUUAGUUGUUUUCUAUUAUUGGAUAAAAUAUCUAAGACUCUACUUAACAGAAUGAGUAGAGGAAGGUGGAGUAAGAAUUGAAUCCUCUGCUCUGAAAUGUUUUCUAGGAUGAAAGUAUGGGCUUCAAGAAUAUCGAGGUUGCAAACCUACAGAUGAAGGUUGAGAAAAGCUUCUUCUCACAGAAUGUAACCUUGGUUCCUAUUAAGAGAUUUAAAGAAAAUUAGGGUUUUAAUGCAUUUUAAAUGGCUCUUAUUUUUAAUUACUUAAGGGAAAAAUUAAAAAAAAUAGUAUUGACUGGGCCUGGAUUCUGAGGAGAGGCGUGCUUUAGGAAAUUCCCAUUAUAAGAGUGGGUUACCUUAAAACUUUCUGGGGGACCAGGCUCUAUCCUAGGGUUUUAACAGAGACUCACUACAAAGAAUCUUAGAGUGACAAUAUCUAAAGGUAUUUCUAAAUUAUUAGGUUAUACUUCCCUUGUGUAAUCCCUGAACUUUGGUAAAGAUAUGUUUCAAAGAAAGAUUUCUGUACUUAGUUAUAUAUAAAAUUAGAUCCUAUGGUUGAGAAAGCAGCUAUCCAGAGAAAAUAAGGGAAUUAUUAAUAAACUUUCAUAUUAAUAGAGUAACAUCUUAUUGUGUUAAGAAAACAUCCAAUGAAUAGACUCUGUGUUCCAACAAAUGAUUUUUAUUUGAUCCACCACUGAACAUAAUGAUUGUUAGAAGAUACUGCUUUGGUCAAGAUAGUUGAGAAUAGGAAAAUUUCAGUAAGGUGUUUUUAUAAUUAGUAAAUGG